UUGCGCUGUCAAGCGCAUCUAUACGUGAGUAAAAUUCGGUCCCUAACGAAAACUUCACCGUCCCAUCACUACCACAACAAGCAAUACCACGAAGUAACGGGAUCGCAGCAUCCUCCGCAUAGCAACGGUAGUCAAUUUUCUUCUUCCAACAUUCCGGGAAAAAUUGAAAAAAUAGCGGUUCCGCCGUCGGUCGGGUUGCGGAGUGCAUAUCCUACUGCUGGUGCUUUGCCAACCUUCAAGACGGAAGACCCGAGGCAAACGGGGACAGAGUCUCGCGCCACGGGGAGGGAAAAUCCAGUCCCCCCCGCUAGCCGACGCUGGGUCCCUCCAUCCCUGAGACCGCAACAUGGACUCACCGAAGAAGUCAGAAUUGAUUCGAUUUUUCGAAAAGUUCGUGGUAUUCUAAACAAACUUACCCCAGAGAAAUUCCAGCCGCUUAGUGAUGAACUGCUUAAACUAGAUCUGAACUCGUCGAAAAUUUUGAACGGUGUUAUUCUGCUGAUCUUCGACAAGGCUUUAGAUGAACCGAAGUACUCGUCUAUGUACGCACAGCUGUGCAAGCGUAUACAAAAAGAGCUAGAAACCGAUAUCGACAAGAGCAAAUCCAGCGCCUUCCUGCAAAUUCUGCUGAACGUUUGUCGCGAUAAGUUCGAGAACCGCGUACAGUACAGUGAGAAGAUCAUCAACUCGGAAAGUACACUAACGGAUGAUUUGGAGGAGAAGAAAAAUGUCGCUAAACAAAAGAUACUGGGCAAUGUCAAGUUUAUUGGUGAGCUGUACAAGCUUGGCAUGCUGGUCGAGGCACACCUGCACCAGAUGCUUCGCUCGCUGUUUACCAACAAGUCCAGCUCAUCGACGGAGAAGAACUGCGAGGACAUGGAAUGUUUGGCCCAGCUCAUUCGGACAUGCGGAAAGAAUCUGGAUACAGAGUUGGGAAAACAGCUGAUGGAUCAGUACUUCGAACGGAUGGAAAAGUAUUCGCAAUCGCAAUCGAUGUUUCCACCGCGCAUCCGGUUCAUAUUGCGCGAUCUGAUUGAAUUGCGCAAAAACAAUUGGACACCGCGGAAGGUGGCUUUGGUCGAGGGCCCUGCCCCGAUUCAGGAACUCAAUCAUGACGAUGAUGUGCUUCCGCCCGGGCUAAAUCACUUGCGAAAUCGGGACCGCGACUAUCGCAACAACGAUCGCAGUGAGCAACGCGAUUGGAUAGGCAAAUUUUCGUUUAAUUUGCACAAUCUGAACGAUGGUUUCAAUUUGUUAAGCGUAUCCAGUCCAUCUCCGUUGCUUCCGUCAAGCUAUAAUCAAUCGUCGAACGGUUAUGGAAACCGCGACCACCGCGAUAAUGGUGGUGGUGGUGGAGGCGGCGGCAACUAUCGCAUGCAUAAUAACCGCAACAACCAGAAUAAUUACGGCAACAACAAUAUGCGCUACAACAAACACAACAACCAUCAUCAUCAGGGCGGCGGUGGCGGUGGAGGAGGGGGUGGUAUGAGAGAUGGCGGUGGCAAUGGCUCUCAUCCAUCGGCGUAUGGCGGAAAUUCGGGCAUGAUGAUUAACAAAGACCUGGCGCCUCGUUUCAAACGCAAUUUGAUGACCCCGCCUCAAAAUCCUGUCGAGGAGCUGCAGAUGCGUCCGACUCCUAACAGUCUGUUAUUUAAAGCGAAUAUGAACAUCAAACCCCAGAUGCCGAUUUCGUCUACGAUCGGUGGAGGAAACAGUAGCAAUGCCAAGCCCAACUUCAACGGACCACCACUGAAUGAGUUCCCUUCACCGUUAACAACUCGUACGCUCCUUAGUGAGCAGCGCAAUGCUGGACAAAUCAACAGUAGUGCCUUUUCGGGAGGCAGUAACAGUAUGGGCGGUAGUGGAAACUUUGGGGCAUCCAGUACUUCAACGUCAUCCUCCGCCAUCUCCUCCGUUACCUCACGCGGAGGAAUGCAAAGCGAUAAUGGGGUAAACAUGGCUGCGAGCAGAAAUUCGGGAGGGUCGCAACAAUCCUCUAAUCAGAACGCUGCACCGAACGUGAUGAAUCAUCGGCAUCAGCAGCACAUGUCGCAAGGAAUGAAUCCACGACCUAUGGGUGCCAACGAAGGAGGCACUAUGCACCUGAAUAAACUUCAUUCGGACAUGAAUCAGCAUCACCAUCAUCACUACCAACAAAACCAACAAGGCGGCAAUCAUGCGCCAGUUACUGAUCAUCAUCAUCAUGGUGGUCGCGACAUGAACGGCGACAACAACAGGAUGAAUAAUAGCCAUCACGAAACACCGCAUCGUCAGCAAAAUGAACCAUCAAAUUCAGGACUACAGAAUACGGGGGGCAGUAUCGGCACCACCAAUAACACAUCGCUUUUAAACGGCAACAAAAUAAUCCCGAAAGAACAGCCGGGUGUCGUCAAGCAAGUUUCUGCAGAUAAACCCGAAAAGAAAAAGAAAGAAAAAGGAUUGAGUAAGGAGGAUCAUCUGAAGCGUAUCGCCACUUUCGUCAGUGACGUUAUGCUGGAUAACAUCAAGCAGCAAAUAGAGGAAGAAGAACAAAAAGUUAGCGAAAUGGACAAUGAUGAAAAGUACGUAAAGGAACCCAAUAGCGCGACCGUGACUGAGGUGGUUGUCGAAGUUGUUGAUAAGGAUGACGAAACAUUGAAACCCACCUUAUCGACUACGCCAGUAACGGAUGAACUGUGUAAAACCGAGACAACAACUACUGCCGACGUGAAAACAUCGCUGAUUGAAAAUGUAGAACUUAUCGAGCAGAAGUUGACGGAACAAGACGAUCUUGUGGAGAAGGAAAAGAAACUAGAGGAAGAUGAAAAUCAAGCCGUCGUCGAUCUUCUUCCAGGAGAUGAAAAGUUGGACGUUGGUUCGGAAACGCAAAAAGAAGAGAAUGAUACGACAAUGUUCGAAACCCAGCAAGAACAAGAGCAGCAGGAGCCUAAAACAAUGGAGAUCGGUGACUCCUUUGACGAAGUGAAAGCCGAGGAAGAACCAAAAGAUUGUGCUUUGCCAGUCCCUGCUAAUCCCGAGUUGACGGAUCUGUCGGUUGAUGAAAAGCAUAUAUUGAAAAAGUCUUCACUGAUGGAUGAACUAGUUAACGCAUUCUGCGAUCUGAAGAUUCCAGAAAAGUUUAUGCGUGAAGCUAUGAUUGCAAUUUUAACUCAAGUGCUGGAUCGUAACGAUGCGUACCACGUAAAGUCGAUUGAAUUUUUGCAAAUUCUUAACAAAGAAGCGAAACUCUCGCACAGUGCUGCACUAGAAUCAUUUAAAUCGAUUGUAAACGGAAUGAACGAGAAGGAGAAAACCAUUCCAAAAAUUACGACCAUUAUUGCGUCGCUGCUGGCAAGAGCCGUCGCUUCCAAUCUGUGCAAUCUGUCGGAUAUUGCAAGCUUCACCGAAAACGGGCAGCAUUAUCCACUGUUUCUGCUCGUGUUGCAGCAUUUGCACAAGCAGCUGGGUAAGCAACCGCUGCAAGAGCUGUUCAAUAAGAGCAAAGUCAACUUAAUGACCAGCCUGCCGGAAUGUGAUCGUACCAAGGAUCGUAUGGCUGAAAUUUUGGAAGAUCGCAACCUGAACUUCCUGUACCCAUUGCUACGCGUGCAGGCCGAGCUAUGGAAGCAGAUCCAGUCGGAUGCCAAUCCUCAACAGUUCUACAAAUGGAUUAAGGAGAAUGUCGAACCAUCGUGCUACGCGGAACAGGGCUUCAUUGUGGCUAUUAUGACGGUUUUGCUUAAAUACAUUCACCAGGAAUCGGAAAAUUUGAAGGAAGAUAAGAAGCGCAUCGAAAAAGAAAAGGAAAUUUUAGCCAAAUAUUGUCCAGUGUUGAACGCUUUCCUGAACGGCAAUAACGACUUGCAGUUGACCGCUGUGUAUGCAAUCCAAGUUUUCUGGUACAACAUUGGCUAUCCGAAAGGUGUUCUGCUACGAUGGUUCCAAGAGAUUUACGAAUUAAGCGUCAUCGAAGAUGAUGCAUUCCUGCGGUACAAGGAAGACGUCACCGAUAUUUAUCCAGGCAAGGGCAAGGCACUGUUUCAGGUUAAUCAGUGGCUGACAUGGUUGGAAGAAGCGGAAGACGAGGAUGAUGAUGAAGAAGAUUAAAAUCUCCCCGCAGAGAAUUUUUUUUUACAAAACAACUAACACAAACCCCCUCACUUUUAAAUUCGGGCCUGAAUAUUCUGUAGCCUACUGCUGUGGCUCUUUGCGUUAUGAAAUGAUGUACUUUUGUGUUUUAGAAACUUUUGCGCAAUAUUACCCAUGUGUUGAUAAAUUAUUGAUGAAUGUUAGUAAUGUGAGGGGGAUGUUUAAUGGUAGGGUUUUCUCUAUUAUGCUUUUUAAAAAUCCGAUCGAACAGUUUCAUUGCGGUGAGAAAAGCAUAUUGAUUUGAUUAACGAUGAUGAGAGAAUGCGGUGGCGUGCCGUUUCGCUCAACUGAUUUUUUGUUUUUUUAUAGCAUUAUAUUAUGAUCAAUUCGCUCUCUUGCCGCCCAAGAUGCGAUUGAAUGAUAGAAUAUUGAUUUAUCAGUAUGCAAAAUAUUGCAAUAUUUGGUUGCGCCCCUCAUACUACACACUGAUUAGACAAUUGUAUUGUAGAGAACUGUAACCUAAUAUAAUUAUUUCACCCUUUACUUAUUUACUCCCUUGCAAAAAUCAUACGUGUGCAGAACGUUAAUGCCCACUGUGUAGUAAAUCCGCGCUGAUAAUAAUAUUAUUAUUCCACAACAAAAACUUAAAUAUUCGAACAAUUAACUCUUAUCAUCGUUAUGUUUUUUU